GAGUCAAAUUUGAGAGUGAAGAUGACGAAGCUCUUUGGGGUUUGUGUUGCUACUUUGCUUGCAUUUUUUGGGCUCUGUGAGUUGGGUCUGUGCAUGCAACACGACAACCUCAUUAGGAUGAAAGUGGGAGCAUACGAGGCCAAUCUUAACUCUCCUGAGAUCGAGAACCUUGCUCGUUUCGCCAUUCAAGAGCACAACAACAAAGAGAAUGCCUUUCUUGAAUUUGCAAAGGUAUUGAAAGCCAAAGAACAGGUGGUAGCAGGUAAGAUAUAUUAUCUUACCCUGGAAGCAAUUGAUGCUGGAAAGAAGAAGAUAUAUGAAGCCAAAAUUUGGGUGAAGCCAUGGAUGAACUUCAAGCAAUUGCAGGAAUUCAAGUGUGCUCAUGUCAUCCCUCCCUUUAGGAGUUCAGAUCUUGGUGUUAAGCAAGAGGGACCCAAAUUAGGAUGGCAUGAAGCACCCAUUCAUGCUCCUGAGGUCAAGGAUGCUGCAAAUUAUGCUGUCAAGUCCAUUGCACAGAGGUCCAACUCUCUGUCUCCUUAUGAACUUCUGGAGAUUGUUCUAGCCAAGACCAAGGUCAUCAAUGAUUAUGUCAAAUUUAACUUGCUUCUGAGGGUAAGCAGGGGAAUCAAAGAAGAGAGAUUCAAGGUUGAAGUAAAUAAGAAACUAGGAGGAAAGUUUUAUGUGAGCUGGAUGGAGAAAGAUCAUUCCUGAGUUGAUCAACUAACCUUGUAUUUAUUGAUGCCAGUGGAGUGAUGCUGUAUGAAAAAUUUACUUUAAUGUGAACGUGUUACGGUUAUGUGCAUUGCUCUGAAUGUUGUAAAGGGUAGGUAAUACGUAUACGAACUAUUUGAGAUACAUAUGCUACAUACCUUUCAUGUAUUAUCUGUAAAUAGUGAGUAUAUAAUUAGUUUGUCUU